AUGAAGGGUGGUUUGUUCUUGCUAGUUAUUAAUCUUUUGCUUGCUUUAUCUAUUAUUGUCAACAAAGUGCAUGGCCAAGGGACGAGGGUAGGGUUCUAUUCGAGUACAUGUCCUCGUGCUGAGUCCAUUGUUAAGUCCACAGUUCAAUCCCACGUUAAGUCUGAUCCUACUUUGACAGCUGGGUUGCUUAGGAUGCACUUCCAUGAUUGCUUUGUGCAAGGUUGUGACGCCUCUGUUCUCAUUUCUGGCACUGCCACUGAGAAAACAGCAUUUCCAAACCUUGGUUUAAGAGGAUACGAGGCUAUUGACGAUGCAAAGACGCAGCUCGAGGCUGCGUGCCCUGGUGUUGUGUCUUGUGCUGAUAUCGUUGCCCUCGCUGCUCGUGACUCUGUCGUUCUGAGUGGUGGGCUGAGUUGGCAAGUGCCUACUGGACGCAAAGAUGGGCGCGUGUCACAGGCUUCCGAUGUCAAUAACUUGCCUGGACCUAGUGAUUCUGUUGACGUCCAGAAACAGAAGUUCGCAGCAAAGGGUCUCAACACUCAAGACCUCGUCACCCUUGUUGGUGGACAUACCAUUGGUACUACAGCAUGCCAGUUCUUCAGUAACAGAUUGUAUAACUUCACCGCAAAUGGUCCUGAUCCUUCCAUCGACCCUUCAUUUCUUCCACAACUAAGAGCACUCUGCCCUCAAAACAGUGGCGCUUCAAACCGAGUUGCGCUAGAUACCGGUAGUCAAAACAAUUUUGAUACAUCUUACUUUGCUAAUUUGAGGAACGGCCGUGGAAUUCUGCAAUCUGAUGAAGCGCUUUGGAAUGAUGCUUCCACAAAGACAUUUGUACAGAGAUACUUGGGCUUAAGAGGCUUGCUUGGAUUGACAUUUGGCGUGGAAUUUGGAAAGUCUAUGGUGAAGAUGAGCAAUAUUGGAUUGAAGUCGGGUGCUGAUGGUGAAAUUCGCAAGAUAUGUUCUGCUAUUAACUAG